CAAAGGUAACUCUCUAAUAAUACUGUGAUCGAAGUUAUUAGAAAAUAGCAAUCCAAUGGAAUGUGGGUGUGAGCGGCUCCCCAUGGUUGAGUUCCUCAUGGAAUCUGCUCAACACCUGCAAGUUUCCCCCAUUGUUAAAUACUCCGCACUCUCCUUCUUCGCCGAUCGCUUCUUUCCCUCUUUACCUCAUUUCAUUAAUGCUGGACAUUCUUCGAGCUGCCUACUUCCACCUGUCACCCAGAGCACCUUGCAGCUGUUUGUGCUUAUUUCUCUAUGGACUUCGUCUAAAAUACACGAUUCUCGACCGCUUUCCGUUACAUGUUUCAAGUCCUUGGCUGAUGCAUCCAUCAAGGAACAGCACUUUACUUCUCGAAAUUUCCUCGAAGCAGAGGUGGUAUUCAUGCAGGUUUUGAAUUUUGAGAUUGGCACAACGAAUAUUGCCUUUUUGUUCCUUGAAGAUCUUUGGAUUCAGUUCAAUGGAGUGGCCAAAGUUGGCGCAUUGAUUAGCAUUGAAACUUGCAUGGAAAUUAUGGAUCUUCUGUACGAAAAAGAGGAAAUGUCGAUUCUGUUUAGGUCUCCUCACUCCAUUGCUGCAUCAAUCUUGGUUGCCUCAUAUGUAAUGACAGUCCCUAAACAGAAAUGGGAAUUUCCAGUUCUUGCAUGGGUAAAUUUUGUGACCUCAUGUAAGGAACAAGAUAUCCUUAAAAUGGUGACAAAGAUUCUCAAGCAUGUGCUUGAACCUUCUUGAGAUAUGAGGUGGCUUCACAAGUUUGAGGAUAAACAUGUAGCCAUAUCAAAGAAAAAUUUUCAGCAAUUCAAAAAAAUUGAAGAAAUCAUAUUCACCCAGGCAGUCAUCGAGGACAUUGUUACGUGUGACCACCUAUGUUUGGACCAAAUAAUAGAAAAAACGGUUCUAUGUUAGUUUGAUCCAAUAGAUGGACUGAGAGAGAGAAAGACAUGAGAAACAAUAUUUUUUUUCAUCACUUUUAGUACCUAUAAAAUUUUGUUUAUCAUUUUUGUUCAUAAAAUUAUAGUAACUAGAAGUGUUUAAAAAA